AUGGACCAAAACAGCAAAGAGAUUCGACGUCAGAGAAGAAUAAAACACGAUGAAAUGAAAAUAAUGAAAAUGCAGCAACGUUUAUAUACCUUAGGUGGUCGAAGUACAUUUCAUGGUAUUGACGUAUUAUUAGAAGCAAAACCCGGUUGGAGUAGAAGACUAACGAUUUUGAUUUUAAUCACAAUGUGUGUAGCGUGUUUCUUCACUGUAUCGGACCUAAUAGCAGGAUUCAUCAAUAUGCCUAUUUCGACUGUAAUUAAUUACGGACAAAAAAAUUUUGAAUUUCCCACUGUAAACAUUUGUCCUGAUAGUCCAAUGAGUAUUGAAAGGCUGAAUAGAUACCCUGAUCUUCGAAAAAAGUAUUUACAAAUUGCAGAUUAUUGGAUAGCCAAGGCUUCAGGUGAUAAUUCAAAAUGGCCACCUACAAAUGGAGAUUGGCGAAUUCGGGCUAAGCGUACUUUUCGUCCACAUUUCUUAUACAAUCGAACACGAUUAAUGUGGAAAUGGUCAGACUAUUUUGUAAGUUGUGAAUAUGGUGGAACUCCGUGCAAUAUUGAUGAAGUCAGCGUGGAUAUACCUUUGGGUGUUAUGUCACAUGCGAAUACCCUAUUGCUUGGUACAGAAGGUGUAGCGAAACUGAAUGUGGUGCCAAGAGGCUUACUAAAAGCAGUCAGUAGUAAUGUUGAAGAAAAUGAUUUACCGUCAAUGUGGUUCAAUGAGAAACCGAUUAUUCAAGAAGAAAACACUGUUCCAAGAAACUGGUCAACUGGAAGAGUCAUUUUAAUUGAUCAUCCAUCGAAGUAUAUUUGUUUCCAGGUUCAUCAGAGACUGUCAACACUUUUUCGACCAUGUAGACAAGCAAUUGCACAUCAUAAAUAUCUGCAAAUGGCUACUUUCUUUGCCUCUGGUGGCACUUUAUGGCGGUAUUAUCAGCUAGGCUAUACGCAUUCAAAUUGUGUUGCACAAAUGCGGCAACUUGUUAUGCUUAGACAGUGUGAAUGUUUAUCCGAGGAUUAUCUAGUUCCUACACAAAUGGCUGGUGAAUUCGUUGAAAAUGGAUUCUGUCAUUCCCCCAAUAAGAAAUAUAAAAGUGGCACAGAAGAGUUUAUGAGGCGAAUCGCAUGUCAUGAUCGUGUUGCGGCACUACCACGAGAAAAAAUCGUUGAAAUGACAAUACCAGCAGUCUAUGAAACAGCAAUACUCGUACAACUGACAUUAGAGUUGGAACGAUUAUGGAAUUGUCCGAAAUUCUGCCAAGAACUAGUUUACCAGCCUGAAAUUAUUCAGCAUCAAACCAUUCUAAAUAGCAUAAUUGUUAAAGGUGAAAAGAAACAGCCUGAAGAGAAUGUAUCAUCGGAAGAUUUGGCUGUUAUCACCGUCUACGCAAGUGAAGCCAGUGUGCCGAUAAUGAGUGAAGGUGAACAAAUGAGUAUCUUUAAUUUGAUCGCCUCUCUCGGAGGUGCAUUUGGUUUGUUCUUAGGACUAUCUGGAGUGACAGUAUUCGAAAUCCUUGAGGCAUUGUGUGUGAUUAUCUAUACGCUGCCAGCAGUGUGUAGAAUGCUUGGACGUAGAAUUGCUAAAUGUGCUACAGAACGCAAAAGAAGGAAACAAGAAAUCUCAAGUAAAUUGAUACACGGUACUGAAAAUACGCAUUAA